AUGUACCAAUUAACGAAACACGUAAAGUUUUAUGACACGGACAUCGAAGGUUCGACAGUGUUAACCUGCGAAGAAGCGUCUGCUAACCAUAUACUUUCUUCACAGCGAAAAUCAUCUAUCUAUCUAUCUAUCUAUCUAUCUAUCUAUCUAUCUAUAUUUGCAUUGAUUCUUCCCACACCAACUUUCUCUCUUCUUCCUUACACAUAUCUACGCUGGGUUUUUCCGCGCCCGCCUGCGCGAGACACGCAUCAGUCAUCCACACAGAAGGUAACGACCUCACCGCUUCUGUCUCUUGUUCCGCUCCCUACUUUCUUUCUUUCUUUCUUUCUUAGCUUUUCUUUCUUUUCUUCGUUCUUAACCUUUUUUCUUUCUUUCUUUCUUUCCUUUUUUUUUUCUUUUUCUUUCUUUCUUUAUUUUCUUCCCUUUCUUUCUUUCUUUCUUUCUUUUUCUCGUUCUUCGCCGUUCUUUCUUUCUAUCUUUUCUUUGUUCUUAGCCUUUCUUUAUUUUCUUCGUACUUAUCCUUUCUUUCUUUUCUGCCAUUUCUUUUUUUCUUUCUUUCUUUCUUUCUUUUCCUCGUUCUUAGCCGUUCUUUCUUUCUAUCUUUUCUUCGUUCUUAGCCUUUCUUUAUUUUCUUCGUACUUAUCCUUUCUUUCUUUCUUUUCUUCGUUCUUAGACUUUCUUUCUUUCUUAGCUUUUCUUUCUUUUCUUCCCUUUCUUUCAUUCUUUCUUUCUUUCUUUUCUUCGUUCUUAGCCUUUCUUUCUUUCUUUCUUUCUUUCUUUCUUUCUUUCUUUCUUUCUUUCUUUCUUUUCCUCGUUCUUAACCGUUCUUUCUUUCUUUAUUUUCUUUGUACUUAUCCUUUCUUUCUUUCUUUCUUUUUUCUUUCUUUCACCUUUUUUUUCCUUAUUUUUGAAAAUAUUUCUACUCCUUCACUGUCCUGCUCCCCCUUCUAUCUUAUCCAAUACGUAUUAGUUGUGCCUUUUCUAUCUAUCUAUCUAUCUAUCUAUCUAUCUAUCUAUCUAUCUAUCUAUCUAUCUAUCUUUCAUUCUUUCUUUCUUUUACUUUACACAAUUAACUUUCUUUUUGUUUUCUUUCCUUCUCUUUUUUUCACUCUUUCUUUCUUUCUUUCUUUCCUUCUCUUUUUUCACUCUUUCUUUCUUUCUUUCCUUCUCUUUUUUUCACUCUUUCUUUUCUUUCUUCCUUCUUUUUUUCUUUUUUUUUCUUUUUUUCUUCUUUUUUUCACUUUUUUCUUUUUUUCUUUACUUUCUUUUUUCACUCUUCUUUCUUUUUUUCUUUUUUUCUUUCCUUCUUUUUUUCCUUUUUCUUUCUUUUCUUUCCUUUUUUUUUCCUCUUUCUUCUUUCUUUUCCUUCUCUUUUUUUUUCUUUCUUUCUUCUUUCUUUCCUUCUUUUUUUCACUCUUUCUUUCUUUUCCUUCUCUUUUUUUCACUCUUUCUUUUCUUUCUUUCCUUCUCUUUUUUCCUCUUUCUUUUUUUCUUCUCUUUUUUCCUUUUUCUUUUUUUUCUUUCCUUCUUUUUUUCACUCUUUCUUCUUUUUUUUCCUUCUUUUUUUCCUCUUUCUUUUUUUUCCUUCUUUUUUCAAUUUUCUUUCUUUCUUUUCCUUCUCUUUAUUUUCCUCUUUCUUUCCUUCUCUUUUUCAAUUUUCUUUUCUUUCUUUCUUUCCUUCUCUUUUUUCACUCUUCUUUUUUUUCUUUCCUUCUUUUUUUUCCUUUUUCUUUCUUUCUUUCCUUCUCUUUUUUCUUUUUUUCUUUCUUUCCUUCUCUUUUUCUCUUUUCUUUCUUUCUUUACUUUUUUUUCCUCUUUCUUUUUUCUUUCUUUAGUUCUUUUUUUCUCUUUCUUUCUUUCUUUCCUUCUCUUUUUUUCCUCUUUCUUUCUUUCUUUCCCUUUUUUUUUUUCCUCUUUCUUUCUUUCUUUCCUUCUCUUUUUUUCUCUUUCUUUCUUUUUUCCUUCUCUUUUUUUCUUUUUUUCUUUCUUUUUUUCUUUCCUUCUCUUUUUUCCUCUUUCUUUCUUUUUUCCUUCUCUUUUUUUCACUCUUUCUUUCUUUCUUUCUUUUCUUUCUUUCUUUCUUUCCUUUUUUUUUUCACUCUUUCUUUCUUUUCUUUCCUUCUUUUUUCACUUUCUUUUUUCUUUUUCUUUCCUUCUCUUUUUUUCACUCUUUCUUUCUUUCUUUCUUUCCUUCUCUUUUUUUCACUCUUUCUUUCUUUCUUUCCUUCUCUUUUUUUCACUCUUUCUUUCUUUCUUUCCUUCUCUUUUUUUCACUCUUUCUUUCUUUCUUUACUUCUCUUUUUUCACUCUUUCUUUCUUUCUUUCCUUCUCUUUUUUUACGCAUGA